CUCUCUCUCUCUCUCUAGUUUUCGAAGCACCCAAAAAAAAAAUGGUGGCCGCUUACGAAGAAGCUCGUAACAAACGCCUUGAAGAAAACAGGAAGAAGUUUCAGGAAUUGGGGAUCACCCAGGUUUCCAAAACUCUCUCUGAUCUCACUGCUUCUGAGAAGAAGCCCCAGCAGCAACGGGUUUGGAAGCCAAAAGCAAAGAACACUGCUUUUGAAGUCGAGCCGAGACGUUCUACCCGUGAGCGGAACCCAAUUCAAUCAUAUGCUGAUGAAGCUGACAUAGGCCCUCCAACUAGGAAGAGGUUGAGGUCCAGUUCAUCUACAUUUGGAAGCUACCUUGCAAGGCCUUUGGAAGAAUGUAGAAUGGCUUCUUUUGAAGAAAGGACUGCUGCUUUCAGAGCUGCAGAGCGGCUUCAAGAGAGUCUGCAGUCUGAACAUCCUUGUUUUGUCAAAUCAAUGGUUCGGUCUCAUGUCUAUAGCUGUUUUUGGUUGGGUCUUCCUUCUAAGUUCUGUGAGGAUCAUCUCCCAAAAUCAGACACUGAAUUUGUUCUAGAGGAUGAAGAUGGCGAGGAAUGUGAUGCUAAAUACAUUGCCAGGAGAGCUGGUCUUAGUGGUGGUUGGAGAGGGUUUGCUUUGGACCGCAAGUUGGAUGACGGUGACGCACUUGUGUUUGAAUUGGUUGAACCCGCAAGGUUUAAGAUCUACAUAACUAAGGUGAAAACUCAAGAACAUUGCAAGAAGGACAAAGUUAAGAAUGCUGGAAAGCCAUCAAAGGCGGCCAAGAAGCCUGACCGAGACUGUAAAAUAUUAAGAAGGUCGAAAAGAGCUACCAGUCCUGAAAUAAUUGACAUGAAAACUCCACCAGAGCUUCUACCGGAGAGCCCAAAAAUUGAAGCUGCAGUUCCAUAUAAACUGAGAAGGAGGGCAUAGUGAGCGAGCUUGUAACUAAGAAAGCUUCACAUCUUUUGGCAUCCCCUGAC